UGUUGGAGAGCUCUGGUAGACUGGGAGGAGCUCUGAGUGCGGUGCAGCAGCUUUCACCCCCCCGCCAACUCUAUGAAAACGUUACACCUGCUGCUGUCAGUCCUACACUUUCAUUUGCCUGAAGCAACUGUCAUCCCAAAAGAUCCUGACAGCCGAGCCAGCUGGGAGUGAGGGGCUGAAAGAAGAAUGCCAGCAUGUCUUUCCCCCCCGUUAGCCCCUAAAAUAUCUUCCAUAGACUUCACAGGGUUUAAUUUUAGACUCCACAUGAGGCAGGAGGUUUGUAGCUGAACUCAAAGACAGAGGGUCCCCACUCUGCUCAGUCCUGAGUCAUAGAUUAGACAGAAGUUAUUCCUCUUUUUUAUAUUAGCGGCAGACAGAAGCCUCAAGAAACAUGUCAGACGACAGAGACCUUGAGGAUCUCAACGAGGAGGACAUUGAUGAGGAUGAAAUCCUCGCUAUGCUUUCACCUGAGGAGCUCCAGGAGCUCCAGAGUGAGAUGGAUGUUAUUAUCGCCCCAGAUGAGAACGUACCGGUGGGACAGAGACAGAAGGACCAGACAGAGAAGCCUCCGACUGGGGGCUUCGACCACAGAUCUUUGGUUGAUUAUCUCUAUUGGGAGAAAGAGUCCAAACGAAUGCUCGAGGAGGAAAGAGUCCCUGCCAUUCUGCUGCCUAGUGAGGUAAGAAAUUGAACUGCCAAAAGUUGUUGUGCAUCAAUUUGACUUCAAAUAUUUCGUGUGGGGCUAUAAUCCAGCAAUUAUGGUAAAAACCCUGGUGUGAAUCGUUGUUCUCCUCAGAAAACUUUGAGGGAGGAAGCUGAAAACAAAGAGAGAGAACAAAAACUAGAAGACGGGGAGUAUGAGGUGUAUGAAGUGAUUGAAGAGGUCAUUGAGGAGGAAGAUGCAGAUGGUGCAGAUGGAGAGGAAAUUAUAGAAGAGAUCAUUGAGGAAAUAGUUGAAGAGGAAGAGGAGAGCGAUGAAAAAGACGAUGGGGUUGAUGAGAAGGAUGAAAUAGAGGUGAAGCCACCUGUCAACACAGAUGAACCUGAAAGUACAGACAAGCAUGUAGAUCCUCCGGGAAGCAAGACGGAAAAACCACCAGAAACCAAAACAGAAGAGUCUCUUACAGACACUGAGAAACAAAGUGAGAGUUUGGCCCCAGAACAAAGUCAAUCACAGGUUGAUGAGGAAAAGCCAAUUAAAGCGACAGACUCUCUGCCUCCAGAAGAGGCUCAAGACAAGCCAGAGACGAAUGAAACCGACAAUAAUCUCCCGCAGAAGGAAGAGAAAAAAAUCAACAAAUUAAAAAUCCCAAAGCUGUCCCUCAGUAAUAUCAAAAUGACUUCAAGACCCUCAGGAAACGAGACAAACCUAGAGUCAACGCUUGAUAAAAUCCGCAAGAACAACCCCUCUGUCACCGAGGUCAACCUCAACAACAUUGAAAACAUUCCCAAAGAGAUGCUCUUAGACUACGUCAACGCUUUGAAGAAGAACAAGCACGUGAAAAACUUCAGCAUAGCCAACACUGGUGUGGAUGAAAACAUCGCUUUCAACGUCGCCAACAUGCUGCGAGAGAACCGAAGCAUCACGACUCUGAACAUCGAGUCAAACUUCGUAACCGGGAAGGGAAUCGUGGCCAUCAUCCGCUGCCUCCAAUUCAACGAGACUCUCACAGAGCUGCGAUUCCACAACCAGAGGCACAUGCUGGGCCACCACGCGGAAAUGGAGAUCUCCCGCUUGCUCAAGGCCAACAACACCCUCCUGAAGAUGGGUUACCAGUUUGAGCUGCCGGGGCCCAGGAUGGUGGUGACCAAUAUUUUGACGAGGAACCUGGACCGUCAGAGGCAGCUAAGGAAGGAGGAGCAGAAGCAGCAGCAGAUGAAGGAGCAGAAGGAGCUGAUGCAGAAGUAUGAAAACAGUCUGAACCUGCCGCCUGGUUUGUUAGAGAUGCUGGGGUACGUACCGACCCUGGAGCUCCUGCAGCAACACGGGCUCAUCCCACCCUCAGUAGACCCGAGUGCCGCGCCGCAAGCACACAAGCAGCCGACUCCGCAAAUGCACCAGCCGACCCCACAAACACGCAAGCAGACCCCACAAACACACAAGCAGACCCCGCAAAAAGAACCUCAGAAGAAGCUGAAGCACAAAAGCAAAUCUGAACACGGCGCCCACUCAACAAACCCAUUAAAGGAUGUCCAGCUAAAGAGGACACCCAAGAAGCGUGACCCUUUCCUGGACCUGGAUCCGAGGGAUAACUCCAGGCCACAAAGGGCAAGUUUCCAGUUGAGGAAGACUCCCAAAGUGAAGGAUGAAGGCAGCGGGGGGGCUGAUGAAAAACCAAACCUGAACGAGCUUAUCAAGACUUUGAAGCCCGUCCCCCGCAGACGAGUGCCACCGAAGGUUGACCUCACACCGCGUGAUGAGCUGCUAAAUGAAAUCAAGAAGAGCAAUGUGGCCUAUCUGAAAUCUGUGAGUACCAAAAACCUCAUCUCAAUGUAUUUAUAAUUAUUGUGUGUUUGUAAUACAACCAGGACAAACAGAGAAACAACCAUGAAUAAAUAUCAACUCUUCAUUGGUGCUUUAGCUGGUUCGCAAACAACGUUUUGAUCGAUGCCAACUUGGAUUUUUCAAACCAGAAGUGUCCGUAUUUAGACAUGCGCUCAUCUGGAUCCUGAUCGACAGGUUUAAAAAAACUUAACAAUCACAGUCCACCACACCCAAAGCGAUCCCUGCUGUAUUUUCCUUUUUCUCAUUAUGUAACAACAAAAACUCCACCAUGAUGCACAAAGAUUUAACUUGGAGAGUGUAAUAGAAAACUUAGACGGAGUAAUUAUCUCAUCUUACUUCAUCAAAUUAAACUUGUUUUUCCAAUCAGUGCAGUAACCCCCCUGCUGAGGAUGUGAGUCCACUCUGCAUGUGCUUCCUUUUCACACCAGACUGUGUGAUAAGAAGAUGCAGAAGCUGCAUCCACUUAACAUACAGUCUACUGUCUCUGCUUAUUCUGUCACUGUAAGUCAUCUCUCUCUUUUUUUUCUCAGGUGCCGCUCCCUAAAGCUCUGGAAUCAGAAGAAACAAGUCUUCUCUGAGGCUUCAGCUGUUUGAUUUCAUCAGCACCCUGUAUGUUUUUAUUACACGUAUUAAGACACUCUUUGAGAGAAGCACAGGUAUUAGAAUCAGAGGAUCUAACUUUCAUUGCACAUUAAGAUAUUCCCUAGUUGUUCUUCCACUUGUGUUCUGUCACGAAGAUUUAAAUGUUCCUUUGAAGAGUCGCAUUAAAAUCGUGAAUCACACUGUCAUUCAUUUGUGUAGUCAAUUGCAGAGCAUGGUGUAGACACGGAUUCUUGUAUUGUGUGUUGAAAGUGAGAAUUGCUGUCUUGUCCAAAUAUACAACCCAUUUAUGAUAUGCUAUUCUUUUGUAAUGCUCUAUUUUUUGAUUGCAAGUGAAGCAAUAGUUUCUGUUAAACUUUGCUUUACAAAUCUUCCACUCCCUGCCUUUCCGCAGCGCCCCCCUAUGGUAGGUGGUAAAAUUUUAAAAGCCCCCACCCCUCACAAAAACAGACAUAAACAUACAUCCAUUUGGACUUGAAAGCACUUUGUUAAGAUGUUCCCAUACCUGUGGGAUUUAAGUGUAUGUCUUGCCCCCCAGUUUAGGAAUUGCUGGUCAAAACUCUCUUUUUAUCGAUUGAAAUAAAAACAAACUUUUCAC